AUGGCGACAAUUGCGCCAGACACGCCAGCGGCCCAGGCUUUGAGCAAUGCUGUACACGCCAAACUCGUCGAGGAGGGCUGGACCCAAGAUGACGACACCUCACUCGCAGAAUACAUCGUUUUGAUGCUUGCGAAUGGCAAAACUCAGGACCAAAUAGCCUCUGAACUAGCGGGAGAACUGUUACAAGAUGCCACGGGUACGACAGAGUUUGCGCAAUGGCUCUUCCAGCAGGUAGACCGCAUGCAAGAUGCGUCACAACAGUCAGGAAAGCCGGCCACACAAGAGCAAUCAAGUUCAGACCAUGUUCAUACCGAGAAUCCUAUACCUGCCGCCUACGAGAUGGACAUGGCUGAUUCCGCACCUGAGAAUGCGCCUCGAGGACCCAAAGGACUACAUGGCGGCCGUCCACAGGCCAACCGAGGACGAGGGAGCAUGAGCAAUAAAGGCGUAGAUUCCGCAUUACAUCGGACACGGGGCAGCGACCGAAUAAAUUCACACGGCAACAUGCGAGGAGCUCCCAAGGGUCCACGUAGCUCUCAGGAUCGAGGCGCUCGCCCCGGUAUGCAGAAGGCUUUGAAUAACAUGGCCCUUGCGAAUGUGGCAGGGAUGCAAAACCCCAUGAUCAUGAAUGGAGGUCAAUCACCUCAAACACCGAUGCAGAUGUCGCCCCAACAACAAAUGGAAUUCAUGGCCAUGAUGGAACAACAAACCCGCAUGAUGGCUCAGCUCACUGGCAUGAUGCCCGGUGGGAAUGGAGUUUUUCCUCAAGGAGGUGCCCAGCAGAAUGGGCACGGCCGGUCUUUGUUUGAUAGAGUCGAGCCUUCACGCGGUCGGGGUGGCCGUGGUCGAGGACGAGGAGGUUCGAACCAAAACGGUCAUAUCAAGAGCCCUACCAAGACUGGCGAUAACGACACUGCUAUGGAAGGUGAUGAACAAUCGACAGAUGCCCCCGGGAUGGAUGUUGAUCAACCAGCCGGUCAGCCAAAACAAGAUGCAGCCAACACAAUGUGCCACUUCAAUUUACGGUGUACCAACAAGGACUGCCCUUACGUCCAUCAGUCGCCAGCCGCGCCUUCUGGAACAACAGUGGACAUGUCUGACACCUGCACAUUUGGCGUGGCAUGCAAAAAUCCAAAGUGCACCGGCAAACAUCCCUCGCCGGCACAACUCAAAGCAUCCCUGGCACAAGAAAUCUGCAAAUUCUUCCCCAAUUGCACAAGGCCGAAUUGCCCAUACAAGCACCCGAACGCACCGCUCUGCCGAUUUGGCUCCAAUUGCAAGACACCAAACUGCCAGUUCACACACUUGGAGAUCCCAUGCCACUUUAAUCCUUGUACGAAUAUGCGAUGUCCUUACAAGCAUAACCCAGGCCAGCAAAAGGCAACCAGCCUUGCGGACUAUACCUGGACUCCAGAUAAGCAGACUCAAACUCCCCAAUCUGCUGCAACAGCAGGGUCGGGAGAUCAUGUCAGCGAUCGAAGAUUCGUUGACGAGAACGCGGGUGAGGAGGAACUUGUCAAACCAGAAACAGCUGGUAAUGGGGAGGGCGUCGUGACUUGA